CGAUCUCUCCGUAUCAUUAUCCUUUCUCUACCAAGUCCCAUGCUUUGGGGUUCUUAUAAAAUUAGAAAUUCUUUCUUUGAUUUAUCUGUUGUAAUCUAAAUGGAUGGAUAAUGCUGCGGCCAAAAGGAAACAAAACAGAACACAUUUUAUUUUUUUCAGAACAGACCGCCACAGAGCAGCGUCAAACUUUACCUACCGAUGUCGAUUCUAAUGUCUCAGUAGACUGACUGCACAUCAGAAACCCCCAUUUUCAGAGUUGCUUGAAUUGGAAUAUUGGAUAGAUAGAUUUAGAGUAGAACAUGAAGAAGACGUGGUGAGUUUCUUCUAUUUGAUUCGACGAUGUUACCUCUUUGCUCGGCCACCCCGAUUUGUUCAUCUCAUACCCAGAUGUACUGCCAUGCAGGAUUGCACCCCUUCACCUCAACCUGGAAGGCUGUUGAGCUCAGAUGCAUUAUGGAAGAUAGGGUGGCUUUGGUCACACCUCAUAGGAUUCAUUCUCAAGAAGUUUUCCUCAGACCACAGUUUACAAAGUUUCUCUCUCACGUAAUUGAAAGGCCUGAACAAUCAGUCUCCCCAGAGCUAGUGGAUAGUCCUCCUUGCACAAAUGAACUAUAUGACAUUGGGGCAGGGUUCUCAAACAAAUGGUCUUAUCCAACUGGAGCAAUUAGUAAACCCUACAAUUUAGGAAGCAGCGAUAUGAGUUAUGUGGAAAGUUCAAGUGUACCUACCCAAGAAGAUGAAAUUUUGAAAAUUCCUGGUGAAGUUGUUAAUGGUGCAAAUAUAUUAUCAGGAUCUGAUUCCAUGACUGCUGUUGAUGCUGCAGCUAUUAAUUACCCAGAAAACCCACUUUCUAAUGGUUCAGAGAUGGAUGGUGAUGCAUUUUCCAAGCUGAAAACAAAUAUUGAGGAUAUCUCAUUGGGAUUUAAUGAGUCCAUUGAUGCAUCAGUUGACAAGGGAGAACGUGCUGUGAAAAGUUCAGUAGAUGCAAUCACCUCAGAGCUAAUAUACCGCAUUAAGACUGCAACUGAAGCAAUUGAAAAUGCUGUUAACGAUGUGCUUUUCUUUGUUGGUCGGACAGGAGAAUCAGUUGCUAAUAGAUUGACAAGAUUCUCAGAUGAUUUGAAGCAGACCACGGGUAAGGUGGACAUUGUUGCUAUUGACGUCCUGAGAAGGGCAAUUGUCACUGCGGAGGAUUAUUUAGCUGGUGGUACUGCUUUUUUUGUUUACUCAUAUGGAUCUGUGAAGGAGCUACUUCCUCCAGAGGUUAGGGAUGUGCUAAAUUUAUCUGAAGAUAAAGCUACAGAAAUUUUGAGGCCUGCUGGAACUGCUUUGGAGCAGGUUUAUAUAGCCAUUGAGGUCUUGGAGAAAAAUAUUGGUUUGGACCCUGACGACCCGAUUGUUCCAUUUGCUCUUUUUCUUGGCACUUUGGCCACUUUAGGGGUAUCUUAUUGGAAGUUGACGUAUGGCGGUUAUGCUGGAGAUUUGUCUCCUAAAUCAGCUUGGGAGCUCUUGACAGGGGAAAAAAAUGUUGUACUUAUUGAUGUCCGGCCUGAGAAUUCUAGGGAGAGAGAUGGUGUUCCUGACCUUAGGCGAGGAGCUCGGUAUAGAUAUGCAAGUAUUUCUCCACCUCAGAUUGGUGGCUCUGUAACGAAGUUAGUAAAGAGUGGAAGAGACCUUGAUGAUGCCAUAAUUGCUGCUGUUAUUCGCAACUUGAAGAUUUUGCAAGACAGGUCCAAUGUCAUACUUAUGGAUGUUGAUGGUACUCACUCCAAAGGCAUUGCAAGGUCCUUAAGGAAACUUGGGGUUAAGAAACCAUAUCGAGUUCAAGGGGGUUUUCGUUCUUGGGCAAAAGAUGGUCUACGGAUUAAAGACUUGAAACCUGAGACGACUUUUACUAUACUGAAUGAGGAAGCCGAGGCAAUUCUUGAGGAUAUCAAGCCUACACCAGUACAGGUUAUUGGGUAUGGUGUGGGCUUAGUUGCAAGCCUUUAUGCUUUACUCGAGUGGGAGAAGACACUGCAACUUAUUGGAGUUGUUGGCUUAGGGCAGACUAUUUAUCAGCGUGUCGCUUCUUAUGAGGACCCUGAAGAUUUUAAGCAAGAUAAUUGGCAGGAAGCAUAUGCAGAUGGAAAAUGGAAGGUAACAAUGGUGGAAGAAAUGGGAGCCCUAAAAAAGAAUGAUACAUGGGAACUUGUGACUCUUCCUUCUAGAAAGAGACCAAUUGGGUGUAAAUACGUGUUUGUGGUAAAACAGAAAUUGGAUCGCUCAGUGGACAAGUGCAAAGCUAGGCUGGUGGCUAAAAGGUUCACUCAGACAUAUGGAAUCGACUACCAAGAGACAUUUGCACUGAGAGAGCUCGAUAAGGAGUACAUGGAUAUUCCCCAAGAUUCUCCAGUGAGGGAACUUAGGGCAAGGUCUAGUGAUAGAGUUACUAUUCUCAUUGUCUAUGUGGAUGACAUUGUGGUAACAAGAAAUGACAGUGUUGAGAUUGGUGGUCUCAAGAGCUUUCUUGGUCGAGACUUUGAGAUAAAAGAUCUUGGAAAACUAAGAGUUGAAGCCUAUACAAAUGCUGAUUGGGCUGGUCCUGACAAAAAGUCCAUCUCAGGUUGUUAUACCUUUGUGGGUGGGAAUCUUGUCACCUGGCGCAGUAAGAAGCAAAAUGUGGUUGCUAGGUCCAAUGCUGAAGCAGAGUUUCGUGCAAUGGCAUAG